AACGUAUCCACCCAUUACAAAAGUAGAACCAAAAAAUUUACAACAAAACCAAGAGUCUAGAAUUCUAAAGAAAGUGCAAGUCUUGGGCUAGUACUUUCAAUAGAAUCUAGACUUAGUAAGAGACAAAGAAAGCAAAGAGUCUUCCAUCAACAUGGAACUGUACAUUCAAAAACAGAGGAAUAAACACACUGGCAUUGCCUACAGCCGAAUGAAAAGCACAAAACCAACUUACUGUUCUGUUCAUUCACCGUCCUCCAGCUUCAUUGAGGAGUGGGAGAACUAAUGGAAGAAGGAGCCAGUAGUUCCUUUCUUGCUCGUAGAUUGAACUCCUCAAAACAGAGCAAGCAUGCAACAUUCAAGGAGCUGUGAAAAAAGAAAGCACAAAAUAUGAAGUUGGCAAUUCAGAAGUUUUUAGCUCCCAAUAAUAGUCGCCGAAGUAUGUCACCUGGACAAAGGCGUCAAGUCCUGUGAAUAGGAGUUGAAAUUAGCUCCCAAAGUGUUGAAAUCAGCUCCCAAUGUGUUGAAAUCUUACACCCUGUUCUCAAAGUCGUCAUCUCAAACGUCAAGUGUCCAACUCUCAUCCCCAUAUAAUGUUAAGGCCCCCCGUACAAAUCUCUUCCACUUCCGACCCACAAAUUCAUUGCAGACUUCCUAACUUUAAGUAAACAAAUACUAUCUUUGUUAUACGUUAGAUUAAAGGAAUACCUCGCGCCGCCGCCAUGGUGCGCCGCCACAUCCUUCUUGUACCGUUUCCGGCACAAGGCCACAUCAAUCCAUCUAUCCAAUUCGCCAAGCAACUCAUUCAGACGGGCGUGGAGGUCACUUUUGUCACCAGCCUCUACGCCCACCGCCGUAUGACCAAAACCACCGGACCACCCAAAGAUUUGAAUUUCGCCACCUUCUUCGACGGUUAUGAUGAUAAUUUCAAACGAAGUGAUAUUGAUCCCAAAAAAUACGUCUCAGAGAUUAAGAACCGUGGAUCACAAACUCUCAGAGAAAUCAUCAAAACUAGUGCCAAUGAAGGCCGUCCGAUUACUUGUUUGGUCUACAACCUCCUCCUCCCCUGGGCUGCAGAGGUGGCGCGUGAGGUUCACAUCCCAGCUGCACUUCUUUGGAUUCAACCAGCCACAGUUUUGCAUAUAUACUACUAUUACUUUCAUGCCGGUUUUGAUAUCAGUGUUGAAAAUUGUAAAGACCCAUCAUGGUCAAUUGAGCUACCAGGACUGACAUUGAUAAAAAGCCAGGACCUUCCCUCCUUUAUACUUCCUUCAAACUCAGACAAAUUCAAUGCUCUCCAACACUUUAAAGAGCAGUUUGAAACACUAGAUGAAGAAACCAACCCAAUAGUUCUUGUUAACUCUUUCGAUGCACUAGAACCAGAGGCCUUAAAAGCCAUCGAUAAGUACAAUUUGAUUGGGAUUGGACCGCUAAUUCCUUCUGCCUUCUUAGAUGGAAAAGACCCAUCAGACACUUCUUUUGGGGGUGACCUUUUUGAGAAAUCAAACGCGUAUACCGAGUGGUUGAACUCGAAGCCUAAAUCAUCGGUUGUUUACGUAUCGUUUGGAAGCAUUUUGUCUCUACCAAAGAGGCAAAUGGAAGAGAUCGCACGAGGGUUGUUAGAGAGUUAUAGGCCAUUUUUGUGGGUAGUUAGAGCGAAGGAGAACGGAGAAGAGGAGAGAGAAGAAGAUAAACUAAGUUGCAUGGAGGAGUUGGAGCAACAAGGGAUGGUAGUGCCAUGGUGUUCUCAAUUGGAAGUAUUAUCACACCCUUCACUGGGGUGUUUUGUCACACACUGUGGGUGGAAUUCUACAUUGGAGAGCUUGGUUUCUGGGGUUUCGGUGGUGGCGUUUCCUCAUUGGUCCGAUCAGACGACUAACGCGAAAAUGAUUGAAGAUGUGUGGAAGACCGGGGUGAGGGUGAAGCCAAGUGGAGAAGAAAUUGUCGAGGGUGAUGAGCUUAAACAAUGUAUAGAGAUGGUUAUGGGAGGUGGAGAAAAAGGAGAAGAAAUGAGGAGAAAUGCUCAGAGAUGGAAAGAUUUGGCGAGGGGAGCAGUGAAGGAAGGUGGAUCUUCGAACAAGAAUCUCAAGGCUUUUGUCCAAGAGAUCAGAGAAGAUGUUGUAUUAAAACUUAGUGUUAUAAUAUGGUCUUACUUUAUGGUUAUGUUUCUUAUCAAACUUUCAGAUCUUGAUACAACAACAAAGAUUAAAGGAAUACCUCGCGCCGCCGCCAUGGUGCGCCGCCACAUCCUUCUUGUACCAUUUCCGGCACAAGGCCACAUCAAUCCAUCUAUCCAAUUCGCCAAGCAACUCAUUCAGACGGGCGUGGAGGUCACUUUUGUCACCAGCCUCUACGCCCACCGCCGUAUGACCAAAACCACCGGACCACCCAAAGAUUUGAAUUUCGCCACCUUCUUCGACGGUUAUGAUGAUAAUUUCAAACGAAGUGAUAUUGAUCCCAAAAAAUACGUCUCAGAGAUUAAGAACCGUGGAUCACAAACUCUCAGAGAAAUCAUCAAAACUAGUGCCAAUGAAGGCCGUCCGAUUACUUGUUUGGUCUACAACCUCCUCCUCCCCUGGGCUGCAGAGGUGGCGCGUGAGGUUCACAUCCCAGCUGCACUUCUUUGGAUUCAACCAGCCACAGUUUUGCAUAUAUACUACUAUUACUUUCAUGCCGGUUUUGAUAUCAGUGUUGAAAAUUGUAAAGACCCAUCAUGGUCAAUUGAGCUACCAGGACUGACAUUGAUAAAAAGCCAGGACCUUCCCUCCUUUAUACUUCCUUCAAACUCAGACAAAUUCAAUGCUCUCCAACACUUUAAAGAGCAGUUUGAAACACUAGAUGAAGAAACCAACCCAAUAGUUCUUGUUAACUCUUUCGAUGCACUAGAACCAGAGGCCUUAAAAGCCAUCGAUAAGUACAAUUUGAUUGGGAUUGGACCGCUAAUUCCUUCUGCCUUCUUAGAUGGAAAAGACCCAUCAGACACUUCUUUUGGGGGUGACCUUUUUGAGAAAUCAAACGCGUAUACCGAGUGGUUGAACUCGAAGCCUAAAUCAUCGGUUGUUUACGUAUCGUUUGGAAGCAUUUUGUCUCUAUCAAAGAGGCAAAUGGAAGAGAUCGCACGAGGGUUGUUAGAGACUUAUAGGCCAUUUUUGUGGGUAGUUAGAGCGAAGGAGAACGGAGAAGAGGAGAGAGAAGAAGAUAAACUAAGUUGCAUGGAGGAGUUGGAGCAACAAGGGAUGGUAGUGCCAUGGUGUUCUCAAUUGGAAGUAUUAUCACACCCUUCACUGGGGUGUUUUGUCACACACUGUGGGUGGAAUUCUACAUUGGAGAGCUUGGUUUCUGGGGUUUCGGUGGUGGCGUUUCCUCAUUGGUCCGAUCAGACGACUAACGCUAAAAUGAUUGAAGAUGUGUGGAAGACCGGGGUGAGGGUGAAGCCAAGUGGAGAAGAAAUUGUCGAGGGUGGUGAGCUUAAACAAUGUAUAGAGAUGGUUAUGGGAGGUGGAGAAAAAGGAGAAGAAAUGAGGAGAAAUGCUCAGAGAUGGAAAGAUUUGGCGAGGGAAGCAGUGAAGGAAGGUGGAUCUUCGAACAAAAAUCUCAAGGCUUUUGUCCAAGAGAUCAGAGAAGAUGGUCGGUGA